AUGGAGGCGGUGGAUUUGGCGGAGGAAGCGGUGGCGGCAGCGGUGGAUACGGCGGUAGCAGCGGUGGCGGUGGAUUGGAGGUAUGGAGGCGGUGGAUUCGGUGGAGGAAGCGGCGGCGGCAGCGGCGGUGGAUACGGCGGAGGCAGCGGAGGCGGAGGCGGUGGCAGUGUAGUUGCCGGAAUUCUGGUUGGCAGCGGAACUCUCUCGGGAGGAGGCGGCGGCGGCGGCGGCGGCGGCGGCGGUUACGGAGGUGGAAGCGGAGGAGGUUUUGGCGGAGGAAGCGGAGGAGGUGGAGGCAGUUUUGGUGGGGGAAGUGGAGGCAGUUUUGGUGGGGGAAGCGAGGUGGAUUUGGAGGCAGCGGAGGUGGCAGCAGCUCAGGCGGAUACGGAAAGUGAUGUUGGGGCGAAUGAUGGCCAUGAUGUACAUGGCAGCAGCGGAAGGCCAUGGCGGUGGAGAAGGUGGAGGCGGAUAUGGUGUGGCGGUGGAGGAGGUGGUGGAGGCGGAGGAUUUGGAGGCGGUGGAUUUGGCGGAGGUGGAGGCCAAGGAGGCGGUGGAUUUGGCGGAGGAAGCGGCGGCGGCAGCGGUGGAUAUGGCGGUAGCAGCGGUGGCGGUGGAUUUGGAGGUAAUGGAGGCGGUGGAUUCGGUGGAGGAAGCGGCGGCGGCAGCGGUGGAUACGGCGGAGGCAGCGGAGGCGGAGGCGGUGGCAGUGUAGUUGCCGGAAUUCUGGUUGGCAGCGGAACUCUCUCGGGAGGAGGCGGCGGCGGCGGCGGCGGCGGCGGCGGUUACGGAGGUGGAAGCGGAGGAGGUUUUGGCGGAGGAAGCGGAGGAGGUGGAGGCAGUUUUGGUGGGGAAGUGGAGGCAGUUUUGGUGGAGGAAGUGGAGGUGGAUUUGGAGGCAGCGGAGGUGGCAGCAGCUCAGGCGGAUACGGAGGCGAUGAACCCCAAUGCGGCCAAAACUGAUCAGCUGAGAGCAGUUAAGAAAAUUUAUGUUGAUUCUAUUGCAAGAAAGUCAGUUCGAGAGAAAACAUUCUUGAAAAUUAAGUUUGAAUCCUUAUUUUUCACAAGGAACAUACUUGUUCAUUGA